AUGGCGGAAUCCGCACAGCAGCCGUCAUGGGUCUUGACCGACUAUUUGCUGCCGCAGUCGUCGCUGCUGGUCCGCGCCAUAUCCUUCGUCAGCCUGCUCCUGGGCACCAUCUUCCUUUUGCCCCUCCUGUUCGUCGUCGGCUAUGACUUCUCGCUGUGGAUAUGGAGACAUUACCGGAGCCGCUUCUCUCACCGUGAAGCCGAUGGCACGACGGCGAACCCCGCCGAACACGCCGCGGCGGCUGGCACGACGGCCAUCGAUCCGACUGCCGCGAAACCGAACAAGGCACGGAGACGAUAG